AUGAAAAUAUAUUUUUAUUUAUUUUUAUUCUCCAUCAUAUUUAUUCUUAUUAGGAGCGAUGAACCAACUAUAGAAAAUGGAAUUUAUGUUCUUACUGAUAAUAAUUUUGACUCUUUUCUAGAAGAACAUCCAACAGUUUUGGUUGAAUUUUAUGCCCCUUGGUGUGGCCAUUGCAAACAACUCGCACCGGAGUAUGAAAAAGCAGCCGAAGAACUUGGUGAUAGUGUUCCCUUGGCUAAAGUUGAUGCUACCGUUGAUAAAAUUUUGGCCGAACGCUUUGAGAUAAAUGGAUAUCCUACUCUUAAAUUUUGGCAAAAAGAUCACGAACCGAUUGAUUAUGAUGGCGAUCGCGAUGCACAGGGGAUUGUAAAAUGGCUAAAAGAAAAGACUGAUCCAGAUUACAAACCUCCUCCGGAAGAAGUUAUUGCAUUAUCCGAACAAACGUUUGACGAUUUUUUGGGUUCAAAUGCUCUUACCCUGGUCGAAUUCUAUGCACCUUGGUGUGGACAUUGCAAAGCGCAUGGCAUUCCUCUGGCGAAAGUUGAUGCAACUAUUGAGAAGAAAUUAGCCGAGCUAUACGAUGUUAAGGGAUUUCCAACGCUUAAGAUAUUUCGAAAUGCUCGUCGCUUUGAUUAUGAUGGUCCAAGAGAGGCAGAUGGAAUUGUCAAUUAUAUGAUUGAACAAUCAAAACCAGCUGUGAAAUUUUUGAAUCAUUCCUCUAUAGACAAAUUUAUUUCUAAUAAUGACGUGACUAUUGUUGGAUUUUUCGAUUCAGAAAGUGGUUCUCUUUAUGACGCUUUUGUGGAUGCAGCAGAGAGAACCCGUGCCGAUUUUUCUUGUUAUUAUGUAACUGAUCCUUCUGUGAUUAAAGAAUUUAAAGUAAAGGCGGGAACAAUUACAAUUUUCUAUCCAAAGUCAACAGCUACUACAGAAGAAUUGCUGACUUUUUACCGUGAAAACGCUACACCCCUUGUUGGGCAUAUGACAAGAGUAAAUUCAGCUACUCGUUAUUCUCGCCGUCCUUUGGUUGCUGUUUACUACAACGUUGACUUUUCGCUUGCUUAUAGAGAUGGGACUCAAUAUUGGCGUAAUAAAGUUGUAGAUAUUGCUCAUAAAGGAAAAUUUUAUUUUGCUGUUGCAGAUGAAGAAGAAUUUGCAAAAGAAUUGGAAGCUGUUGGACUUGGAACAAGUGGAUUAGAACAAAAUGUUAUUAUUUUUGGGAUUGAUGGUAAAAAAUACCCAAUGGAUCCUGAUAAAUAUGAUGAAGAUUUGGAAGAAAAUUUAAUUGCAUUUUUGAAAGACUUUGGAAAAGGGAAAGUAAAGGCACAUUUAAAGAGUCAACCAAUCCCCAAAGCCGAUAAAGGACCCGUUUUUACUUUAGUUGGUAAUAAUUUUGAAGCAAUUGUUAAUGAUGAAAGCAAGGAUGUUCUCAUUGAGGCUUAUGCUCCUUGGUGUGGCCAUUGCAAAGCAUUUGAACAGCCUUAUAAACAAUUCGCCACUAAAUUGACUAAACAAGAGCCAAAUUUAAUUUUUACGAAAAUUGAUGCUACAGAAAAUGAUUUACCUGAAAAAUACAAAGUUGAAGGAUUUCCAACUAUUUUCUUUGCUCCAGCAGGCAAAAAAGAUGAUCCAAUUAAAUAUACUGGAAAUAGGGAUUCUAAUGAUUUGUUGAAAUUUCUUAAAGAGAAUGCUGUUAAAAGUUUCCAGUCAGAGAGGGAAAAGGAAAAAGAGGAGCUUUAAAAAAAGGGAAAAUUAUUUUUAUUUGAAUAUUAAUUUAUAUUUUUUUAUUUUUUUGAGGAAGAGUUUUACAUUUGAUGUGAGCAAUAUUAAAUUGUUAAUUUACUAAAGUUUUUUUUUUAAUUUAUUUAAAUCUUAUGAAACUUUCCCAUGCCAUCUCGUGCAUUAUUAUACUUCAAGUGACUAUCAGAGAUUUCAUUCUCUUACUAAUUUUUUUAGAAAUAUAAAUUCGUUUUCUAUACAUAUAUUGGCUAUGAGAAAGUCUCCAAUAAUAUAAAUUUUUAAUCUCAUUUUCCUGUCAAAUUUUUAACUAUUGGGGUUUUCUUCUAUAAUUUUUGUUUUCUUUCAGUUUUAUUUAAAUAUAAUUUAUUUUUUAUCAAGCUGUUAUACACUGCGGUGCAUAUGUUUAUGCACACUAGUUUUUUGUUCAUAAGUUUC